ACCACCCCUAGACGUCUUGAAUUGAAGGCAAAAGUGAGUCUCAUGGGCAUGAGCGUGGACAUGCACACGCCGAACCUCUUCCACUUCCCGCGCCCAAUUUCUCGAAACGCCGUCGUUCCCUGCCACGCCAUGUCCUCCCAAACCUCCUUCCCUACCGUCAACACCGUCUCCAUUUCUUUCUCUCAGCUCAAACUCAAAGAUAAGAAUUCUGACUUGUUGUUGAAGAUUGAGGAAGGAUUCGGACCCAACGGGCUGGGGAUUCUAUCUGUCACUGAUGUCCCAGGAUACUCUUCCCUGCGCAGAAAUCUUUUGCAUCUUGCACCAAGAUUGGCAAAUCUUCCUAAGGAAGUGAAGGAGGAUCUUGAAGAUCCUCAUAGUAGGUACAAUUUUGGUUGGAGUCAUGGAAAAGAGAAACUUGAAUCUGGGAAGCCUGAUAUAUUAAAAGGAUCUUUCUAUGCCAAUCCCAUACUUGAUACACCUACAACAGAGGCAUCUUUGUUAGAACGGUAUCCGUCAUAUUGCGGAUCAAAUAUAUGGCCCAAAAGUGCUUUACCAGAACUUGAAGUGGCUUUCAAAGCACUUGGGAAGCUGAUAUUUGAUGUAGGAUUGAUGUUGGCAUAUCACUGCGAUCAAUAUGGUGUAUCCAAAGGGAUGAAAAUGCGCAAGGAUGAAGGUCUGGAAUCAAUACUAUGUCACUCUCGCUGUCAUAAAGGGCGUUUGCUAUAUUAUUUUCCUGCACAACAGGGAAUCCCAGAUGGUAACCCUCUGUCUUCUUGGUGUGGAUGGCAUACAGACCACGGUUCACUGACAGGUCUGACUUGUGCUAUGUUUAUGAAAGAUGGUGUGGAAAUUACCUGCCCAGAUAGUGCUGCUGGCCUAUAUAUUUGCUCAAGAAACGAUCAAAUUGUCAAAGUUGUCUAUGGAAAAGAUGAUAUAGCAUAUCAAAUUGGUGAAACCACUGAAAUACUUUCUGGAGGUUAUCUUUGCGCAACACCUCAUUGUGUUCAGGCUCCUAAGGGGGAGGAGUCUUCUGGAGUUGAGCGCUCAACGUUUGCAUUAUUCAUGCAACCUGACUGGGAUGAAAAACUCAAUUUUCCCGAGGAUGUUCACAUUCACAAAGAGCUUAUUCCAUCAAAUGCCGCCCUUACUUUUGGAGAGUAUUCAGAGAUGCUGCUCGACAAAUAUUACCACCAAAAACAGACCUAAUGGUUAGUACUUUUUAGUUCUAGCCCCACAAAUGACUGGUUGAAGUGACUUCGUUCAUUUUAACUAAUUUUCAAACCAUGGAAGGGAAAUACAAUUGUGUAGUCCGUAUUGAAUAAUAGCAGAAGAAAAUUAAAAUACUUAUAAAUUAAGUGGAAUAGCAAUACCAUUUCUGGCGACAGAAAUAUAGCUCACAGUUUGUGUACUUGUUGUCUUUUAUGGGAUGGAAUGAAAUUUGCCAUGUAAUCCCAUAGUUUAUGUACUUUUUUCUUUUAUGGGAGGUUAUGCAAUGAUAUAACGUACUUGUGAUGGGAUUAAAGCUUCGACUUUGAAGUAGAAAAUACCUAGAUAGUUCAACUUCUUGAGUGCUAUCAGAUCUGGGCCGUGAACAUAUAAAGCAUAAAAACAGCAUUAAAAGUUUGAGCCCUUUUC